UGGAAAAUAUCUACUGGAAUUAAUAUUGAAAAGGUGUUAGAAACAGAGCUAUUUUAAAAUUGUACGGGCUCGAGGAGCAGCAGUACCACCUGAUAAUUACCACCUGCAACCCAGCAUUGAAGUCCCAUUUGGAGCCGCCGCCAUUGAAGAGCCCCCCGGAAUCAUGGCGAGCAUCUCGGCGCUGCUCCACCGGAGUCACAGCCACAGCAACGGCUACACGAGCAGCGGGAGUAGCAAUCACAGCCACAGCAGCAGUCUCUCACCGCAGUUGCCCGGCAUCAAUUUGGGUCUGGGCAUGGUCGGUGGUUCGGGAUCGGGAAACACCACCCCGCCAAUAUUGCCUCCAGUUGACCUCGCCAUUUCGACGGCGGCUACCCCACCCACACCAGUGGCACCGCCCAAAAUGCACCACCAGCACCAGCACCCACACCACCAUGCCAGCGCCCACCAAAACUCCCACUCGAAUUCAAAUCCUGGAUCCCAUCACAACAACAGCAACAGCCACGACCACAUUAAGCGACCAAUGAACGCCUUCAUGGUAUGGUCGCGGGGGCAGCGCCGCAAAAUGGCCCAGGACAAUCCAAAAAUGCACAAUUCCGAAAUAUCGAAGCGCCUGGGCGCCGAGUGGAAAUUACUCACCGAAGGACAGAAGCGUCCAUUCAUCGACGAGGCAAAACGAUUGCGGGCCCUGCACAUGAAAGAACAUCCCGACUACAAGUAUCGACCACGUCGCAAGCCCAAGACGCUCAACAAAUCACCAGUGCCAGGUGGUGGUGGUGGUGGAGGUUCCAAUGGUGGUGCCAAUGGUGGUGGUAAUCCGGGUUCUGGAGGUCCAGGAUCGAUUGGCUCUCCCAAGGACAUGCAGCCCCAAUUGUCGCCUUUGGGCCAGAAUAUGCCCCAUCUCCAUGGACAUCCCCACCAGUCGUCAUAUCCACCGCAUCCACACCACCCGCAUCCCCAUCCCCAUCAUGUCCAGCUGGCCGCAGCCACCUUGAGUGCCAAGUAUGGAUUUGGAUCGCCACUGGAGUUGUCCCUGCCCCGCCUGCCGAACGCCUUUCCCGGUCUCGCUCACUAUCCACUGGAUCCCACGUUGGCCUUGGAUCUACAGGCCCGCCUCCAGGCCAUGUACGCCGGCUCCAUCUAUCACCCCUGGCGGUAUCUGCCGCUGAUCAGCCCGGAAACACCACCCUCCCCGCCCAGCAGCAGCGGCACCGGCAUCUCAUCCUACGGAUGCGUCAAGUCGGAGAAGUCCUCUCCAAAUGCGGUAGUUGCCACCACGGCCAGUCCGCCCAACAUCAUUUGACCGACUCCAUUGCGCUUCGGCGCCGGCACCUCCUCAUCCGCAGAGCACGUGGUCUAGGAUGGGUGUAGAACAGAGGAUUUGGAUGGUAAUCUCUAUCGAUCCCAUCCAAAGAUCCAUUCCGGAAUCGGCCACUUGGUCACCCCGCCCCGCAAGUUAAAAGUCCUAAUGUUAGAGCCUAGUGUUAGUCGAAUAUUUGUGCGUGUCUUUAGUUGCUGCAAGAGUUUUGUUCCGGGUUCUGAUUUCAGUUCUGUUCAGCUAAGGUUCUUAUUUAGAUAUGGUAUAGGUAAGCGACUAUGCCG